GGUUAAAGCAGCCCGUAAAAAGUCCAUCAGUCCCUUGCAUGAUCUUUGCGCUCCCGGAGAGUGAGAAGUGUGCAAAUUCGCAGAUUCCACGGCACGGCACGGAUUGGCACCACCAACACACGCGCUGGCGAUCGAAAAGCUACCAAUUCGGUUCGAAGUGUGCUUCUUUCAGGGCUGAGCGAAAUCGUCAUCUUUCCGUAGAAAUAGUUCCUUUUCGCUGCCUUUCUCUUGCGGCACGGUGUACCUGUGAACAAAAGCAGUGCGGUUGCGGGGGGUGUCUGCCGACAAUUUUUGCUCCCCCGGCCUUUUCCAACAAGCGAACGGCUCACAGUAACACGGUUUUUCUAGCAGUCCCCGGUUCUAAAUAGAUCUUCACAAAAUCAUGGAACAAAUAAUUAGAAACCUUCUAGUGGCCGACAACGAUUUGAUACAGCAAGCAUCGAACGAUUUAAAGGAAGCGUUCAAGAAACCGGAAACGAUUCCUCAGCUGUGCGAAAUAUGCGUCACCAACAACGAUCCCCAGGUACGGCAGUAUGCUGCAAUGCUGUUAAAAAAGCAUCUCGGCAAGUUGCGUGCAUGGCGCGAGGUGCCGGUUGAAACGCAAACCCUCAUAAAGAAGGGCAUGCUGGAGGCGAUUGUGAAUGAGCCGGAAAAGUCGGUACGAAAUGCAAUUACCGGCUUUGUAGGGGUGCUGGUGAAGCAUGAAGCCGAAAAGGAAGACGGUUGGAUGGGCGAGGUGCUAAAGUUCAUGUUCGAAAGCACUAGCUCCAGUGAUCCGAAGCUAAGCGAGCUCGGCUCGUCCGUGUUCGCCACGCUAACCGAUGUGGCACCGGACCAGUUCAUGCCCCACAUCGAGCUGGUGUGUCAGCUGUUUUCGUCCGCCCUGAUGGCAACGGAAGCGGGCGGCAAUAUGGCCACCCCGGUCAUCUACAACAUCCUGCUCGGCAUGUCCCAUCUCGUCCCCUUCAUACCGGGCCGGCAGGAAGUGGAGCAGACGUACCAGGACUCGAUACCGUACGUGCUGAAAGCAUUGGGCGCACUUGCCAUGCAAGACUCGUUCAAGUUCAUCCAAGCGUUCGACAUAUUGGAAAAUUUGGCCGACGAAUCAUCGCGCACACUUUCGCCGCACAUGAAGCUGCUGAUCGACUUCUGUCUACAGCUGGCCGGUAAUGCGCAGCUGGAAGAUUCGGUGCGCGUAAAGACGAUCACGUUCAUCGGCUGGCUGGUGCGGCUGAAGAAAAAGAUGAUUAUCAAACAAAAGCUCGUGGAGCCGAUCGUGAAUGCGCUGUUCGCGCUGAUGAGCGUGGCGCCGGAAGUGGAAGACGAGGAUGAGGAGUACUUCGGAAGCAACGAAGUGUCCACACCGAGCACCUGUGCGACGCAGUCGCUCGAUGUGCUUGCGUUGCACAUUCCACCGAAGCAAUUGUUCCCACCGCUAAUGGCACUGCUCGAACCGGCGCUGGCCGGCCAUGAUCCGCUGCCAAAGAAAGCGGCCUACCUUUCGAUUGCGGUCAUUGCCGAAGGCUGCUCGGAGCACAUCUGUAGCAAAUAUUUGCGCGUCCUGGUAGACGUUAUCAAGCGUGGCAUUACCGAUGAGAACGUGAUGAUACGCAACGCGGCACUGUUUGCGCUUGGCCAGUUCUCCGAACAUCUGCAACCGGAAAUCUCGCAGCAUGCGGACGAAAUUUUGCCUAUUUUGUUUGAGUUCUUGCAGCAGCUAUGCCUGCAGAUCCGCUCCGGUGGUAAGGAACCGCCGCACAUCGAUCGUGUGUUCUACGCGCUGGAGACGACGUGCGAAAAUCUCGAGGAUCAGGUAACGCCGUACCUGCCAAUGCUGAUGGAACGGUUGUUCGAAUCGUUGGAUUCGCGCAACAGCGUUCAUCUGCGCGAACUGUCUCUGACAACGAUCGCUGCAACGGCCAGUGCGGCAAAAGAGCACAUGCUCCCGUACUUUCCACGACUGAUCGAUUGCUUGAAGGUUUACCUGGUAAAGACGGACGAUGAGGAUAUCUGCACGCUGCGUCCACAGGCGAUCGACACGUUCGCGGCACUGGUGCGAACGAUUGGGCGCGAUAAUUUCCUUCCGCUAGCGGUGGACACACUCAACAUGGGACUGACGAUGAUGGACGAAUCGAACGAUCCGGAUCUGCGCCGCAGCUGUUACAAUCUGUUCGCCUCCAUGGCAUCGUCUGUGAAGGAGGAUAUGGCCGGCUCGUUAAACAAAAUCGUCGAAACGAUGCUGGAGAGUGUGCGCAGCUCCGAGGGCAUUGUGCCGACGUUCAAGGACGGUGGCGUUGGUGGCGAUGAGAUGCCCAUCCUGCCAAACGGCGGUGGCGGUACGAACGGUACCGGCGAUGGGGCCGACGAGGACGAGGAGUUCGACAUAGAAAAUUCGACCGACGAUGAGGAAGAGGACGAGGAGGAUAUCGCGGGGUACAGUAUUGAGAAUGCGUACAUGGACGAAAAGGAGGAAGCGAUUCUGGCGCUGAUGGAGUUUGCCGAACACACGGGAUCCGCUUUCGCACCAUUCAUUCAGACGGCUUUCGAGGAAAUUUACAAGCUGCUAAACCAUCCGAACGAGGACAUCCGGAAGGCGUCGAUCGAUGCGGUAAAGCAGUUCGUAGUGGCACUGCAUCAACUGGGCAACAUGGAAGGCGUGAACCAGACGAUCCUGAUUUUAAUUCCGAAGCUAAGCGAAAUUAUCCGCACGGACGAGGAGCGCACGGUGGUCAUGUCGGCGUUGGACGGAUACAGCGACAUACUGCAGGAGGUCGGGGCAGCCACGUUCCAGGCCGAUGGACAGAAGGAUGCCGUGUUUAACUGCAUUGUGGACGUGCUGAAUGGGAAGGUCGCCUGUCAGUUCGAUGAACCGGUCGACGAAGAGCAGGAAGAGAGCGAGUAUGAUGAGGCGAUCCUCGAAUCGGCGGGUGACAUUCUGCCCAAGUUUGGUCGCGCUCUGCCCGCGGAAGAGUUUGCCGUUUACUUUGGACGCGUGUGGCCGUACUUUAUACAGAAAAUUGAAAAAUCGAAACAGAAGGACGAAACAACCGACUCGCAGCGUGCCUUUGCCAUCGGAGUGCUGGCCGAGUGUUUCGAGGGUCUGAAAGAGUAUACGCGCAACUGGAUCGAUACGCUGCUGCCGAUUUUCCUGUCCUGUGUGCAGGAUCGCAAUAAUGAGGUGCGCAGCAACACGGUGUACGGGCUGGGAGAGAUGGUGAUGCACGGCAAGGAAUGCACUUUUGGCCACUAUCCACAAAUUAUGGCAGCUCUCUCGCAGCUCGUAUCCAAAGAACAGCAUGCCGGCACUCUGGACAAUCUGUGCGGUGCUCUUGCGCGCCUCAUUAUCACCAAUUACAGCCUGGUGCCGAUGAAAAGCGUGUUUCCCGUGUUCGUGGAGUAUCUGCCUUUGCGGGAAGAUUUCAGCGAAAACUUGACCGUGUUCCAGUGCCUUGAUCUGCUGUACCGACAGGGCGAUGAAAAUCUGCUGCCCGUGUUGGCACGCGUCGUGAUUGCUGGUUUGCAGGUGCUUUACAAGAAGGAACACAAUUCCGAUGAAUGUCGCGAGCUGGUGUACAACCUGGUCAAGCAGAUCCGUAACGAUUUCCCGGACAAGUUUAGCGAGGCCGUGCACAGCAGCAACGAGGCGUUGCAGCAGGUGCAAUCGCUGUCCUUCAAGUAGAAAUUAGCGAAACCGCACUUUAUGCGCAAACUGUUUGCAACCUACAUCAAUCCAUAUCUCCUACAUAGUACAUGCAUGAAACGAGACAGUAACGGCAGUGAUGGCAAGUAGCAGCAAAGCAAAGCAAAGGAAUAAUAUUUACGUAAACGAAAGAAGCAAUUCUACGGGCUGGAUCGAGUGCGAGCUUGCUCUCGGAGCUACUGGUGCUGAAAUGUCAUUGGCCAUCCAUCCAAAAAAAAAAAAACAAAAACUGCAUAAAUGUGAUGGGCAACAACGGCUCAUGCGGAAAUUAUGGCUGUGGUUUGCUCUCCCACUUUCGUGUGUAUUGAAAUUUACAAUUGUUUUCCAUCGUGGCCGAUGGCAGAGGCUGAGAUUAUUGCUCUUUUGCACUAUCCCGUAGCUAUCCCGAAUCCACCCAUCAAAAGAUGAAGCCUAAAGCCUACCAUCGUUUGAACCGAGAGAGAUCAACCGAUUCGCAUGCAAAAUGUGUGGUGUGACGAAAUGGAGCAUGCACUAUAAUAUGCGCAUGGUUUUUUGUGUGGUGUUUCGUUACUAACUGUUAAUUUAUAGAUGUUGUAUAAGUUUGCUUCGUCCAAGACGAUUUACGUUUUACUCUGAAUAGGAUAUUGGAAUGUUUUGCAUUGUUUUGAACUUCAAACAAUAAGCCAAUCAGUGUCGACUAAAAACCCCAAUCGAGCGUAAUUUACUGCUAACUUUUCUCUUCUCUUUUACGUUUCAUAUGAAUUUUCCAAUCGGUUUAUCUUAUAUAGUUAUAGCGAGACAUUUGAUCGCAUCUUUCCUCAAUUCUUUUGUUUUUUUUUUUGUUUUCCUUACCGUAUCAUAAUAUCUAGUGUGUGUGUGUCUGAAAACAACCUAACCAACGUCGUUUUUCCAUUAUACAGGCCUGCAUUUAUAAAGUACACUUAUAAGAAAGACACACAAUAGAUAGCGCGGGUAGUUUACCGGUUCGAAAAUGUUGCACGCUACGUCCAAUAAUGCGGAAAACACACAAAUACACAUCCACACGCUCAAACACAUCUACAAUUACAAAUUGUACUUCACAGUAGUGUAAUUUUUGCUCUAGCUGAAUUAGCAGCUCGUCGUUGUUGCUCUAGAAGACGUGAUUGAGUUUGCAUUAAACAUAGGUUUCUCCAUGGUCAAAAAGCCAGACAUGGUCGGACACGAUUAUGGGUUCGGUGACUAGUAAGUGAUAAUAGCGUAAAGCUCUCCCGUGCGAGGGAGGGGAGUCACAGUAUGGUAGUGUCCAAGAAGAGUCCGUUUUUUUUACCGAAGAACAGAGCAAAGAUAUCAACACACAAACCUCGCCGUGUCCUUGUGGGAAAGUGUGUGUUAGAAUAAUGCUGCUUUAUCAUUGUUUGUUUGUAUACAUACCAAUGUCAUGUUAUAUUGUCAGAUGUACAGCAGCAUGCGUGUGCUAAUCAACAAGACUAGCUUCCACACACACAUACACAGUUAUUUUCAUUUUCAACAAAUUAUACCUGCUCAGAAUGGCGUGUUCUUCUCUA